AUUAUGGGUGACAGUAAAGUACAUGACCUCACAUUGUACUUAUUUUUCAGUUCUAACUUUGACUGAAUCAUUUCCUUGGACAUUUGGUAGAAAUUUCAAGAGGUUUGGUCAUUACAAAAGAGAGAGAGAGUGAGAUAUAGGAAGAGAGUGUGAAAGGAGACACGAGAGCAAAGCUUUGUGGGUGAGCUUGAAUCAGAGAGAUGGCUAGGAACGCUGAUUAUCUUCGGUGCAAACAAGAACGCAAGAACGAAAGCUUCUUCAAGGUUGUUCAUAGUAUAAAUAUUUCUUCUGAAAACAUGAGAGCACUUCCUCAUGACUUUGUGAGAAGCUUCUCCGAUCAAGAGCUCUCACGUAAGAUAAAGAUAAGAGCGCAAUGGGGAAGCUCUUGGGAAGUAGGAAUCUCUAAAAACCCAAGAUUUUACUUCAUGGAGAAGUCCGGCUGGGAGAAGUUUGUUAGGGACAAUGCUUUGGGAAACAGUGAGUUUAUUACCUUCACUCACAAAGGAAAAAUGCACUUUACUGUGAACAUCUUUAAGCAAGAUGGGAAAGAGAUGAUGCAACCUCCAAAAUCCAGAGCCUUCUUGGCUUCUUCAAGUCGUAUCAAAACAGAACAAGAGGAAGAUGACAUGAAGGAAGAGGUAGUGGUAUCUUCUAACCGUGGCCCGACAACCGCAGCUGAAUCUAAAGGAAGAAAGCUCAACCUUGGGAAGAAGGCAGCUAAGGAAUCCCAAAAUUCUAAAAGGACCGAGAAAGUGGUUAAAGCACGAAGAGAUUACACUGGUGCAUCUUCAUCUACUGCUGCAGAAUUCACCAUCUUAUUCAAGCAAGGAUAUCUCAUAUUCCUGAGGAUCCCGAAUUCUGUUGCUAAGGAUCUUAUGCCGGAUGAGAAAACAAUAUUCAAGAUCCAUCACCCAAAUGGGAAGAAAUCAUGGAAUGUGGUUUUUCUGGUGAGGUUUGGAGCUUUCUCUGGUGGAUGGCGACGUUUGGUUAAAGAGUAUCCCCUUGCUGUUGGGGAUACCUGCAAAUUUUCAUUCAUCAAACCAGAUGAGCUACUUCUAGUUGUCUCCAAACCCUAAUGAUAAUGUAUGUUAGGGUGUCUUGGAGAAGAAGUUACUGAGUAAAACAACUUUCUGUUUAUUGGUGUUGUCUUAAGUUUUAUGUUACGACUUUAAGUUGGCAUCUGAACUUUGCUUUUUGUCUAUCAGAUGUAUCUCUGUAGCUUAAUAUGUUGGGACCAAUUAUCAAAUUAUCAUUAUAUAUAUGAAUAACCGUAGAAUCAAAUUA